AUGAAAGACGAAUUGAUUUGGGUGGAUGCCACUAUGUUUAUUUCGAAGAGAAAGGACUGUUUAUGCAAACUUCUUACUCCAAGAUUAGAUUCCGAUGGAAAAAUUCGAAAUUAUAAGAACAUUUCGAUUUAUGUCAAGGAUUUCGGAGGAGACGAAUCAGUUAGAUACGCUGCAAACGCUAAGAUAUUUAACUACUCAUUUGUUGAAUCCAUGGCUGGAAUUAUCGAUAUCUUAAAAGGACAGGGUUACACUCUUAAAAAGGAUUUGUUUGUUGCACCAUAUGAUUGGAGAAUCUCGCCGGCGUUUUCAGAAGAUUUUCAUCAAGAUCUAAAAAUUUUGAUUGAAAAUGCCUCCAAAAUUAAUAACCAGAAGGUCACAUUGUUCGGAUUCUCUCUUGGUGGUUUCAAUUCACAACAAUUCUUAUCAAAAAGAGUAAAUCAAGCCUGGAAAGAUCAAUUCAUCGAACAACUCAUUUUACUUGCACCAUCUUUCGUUGGCACAACGAGUAACUUACUCUAUUUCUGGACCAGAUCAUCUCCGCUCGUUCCUUUCUAUCAUGCCCCUGAAUUAAAAGAAUUAGUUGAAGGAUGGCCAUGUAUUCACAGCCACAACCCUAAUUUAAUAGUUUUCGGUAACAGAACAGUCGUUAUUGGACCGGAUGGCACUAAUUACACUUCAGAAAAAGUUUUUGAGUUCGCAUCAAAAUUUAAUCUCAUUCGUCCUAAGUAUUUUGAGAUGUACAAGAAGUCAUAUGAAAUUACCAAGAGCUAUCCAGAAGAACCGCAUGUUAAAACUACUCUUCUUUUCAAUUCUGGUCUUGAUACAACCGAAAUUCUUGAUUUUAAGAAGGGAUGGGACAAAUAUCCACAUGAAAUAUUUACUCCAGGUGAUACAAGGAUUCCUGCUCAUGGAAUGGAAUGGGUUUGCAAGAAUUGGUCGAAUAUCAAGUGUUUCGACUUCAACAGACACAACAAACAGUUUGAACAUCAAGCUCUCAUCAAUAAUCCAAGAGUUGUUGACUAUGUAUGUAAUAUCACGAAUCAUUUGGAUUUGAUUCCUCAAGAACCUGAAAUUUCUUUAUAA